CUGUUAUCGUCCUCCUUCGAUGGGCAGGAGACGGCGGCUGGAGCACUCUGCGGAGUGGAUGAUCUUCAGGGCAUGAUGGUGGUAAUGCUGUCCCACGCCUACAGCGGUGGCAGAGGCCUGGGCGGCGGCUGCAAUAGUGUGGGGGCGUCGGGCCUGAAUGACGAACAAGCGGCACUGCUCUGCCGAAAGAGAGUUAACACCACCGAGUGCAUGCCCGUGCCCAGCUCCGAGCAUGUGGCCGAGAUCGUGGGUCGUCAAGGUUGCAAAAUAAAAGCACUAAGGGCCAAGACAAAUACUUACAUUAAGACCCCUAUACGUGGAGAAGAGCCCAUAUUUGUCAUUACUGGAUGGAAAGAGGACGUAGCCAUGGCCAAAAGGGAAAUUCUCUCAGCUGCUGAACACUUCUCCAUGAUCAGAGCAUCACGCAACAGGAACAGUUCUGCCCUGGGAGGUUUGUCGUGUACCCCUAACCUGCCAGGGCAAACAACAGUCCAAGUCAGGGUGCCUUACUGUGUAGUUGGGCUUGUGGUGGGACCAAAAGGAGCUAUUGUCAAAAGAAUUCAGCAGCAGACCCAUACCUACAUAGUCACUCCCAGCAGGGACAAGGAGCCAGUCUUUGAAGUGCCGGGAAUGCCUGAAAACAUUGACCGUGCAUGUGAGGAGAUUGAGAUGCACUUAGCCAUGCGCACUGGGAACUACAUUGAGCUCAAUGAGGAGAACGACUUCCAUUAGAACAGGACAGAUGUCAGCUUUGAAGGAGGCAUUCUCAGCUCUGCCUGGCUUGCUUCUAAUCCUGUCCCUCCUAACCACACCAGAAUGAUUUCCAGUUAUCAGAAUGACAGCUCCAGCUCCUUGGGAAGUGGCUCUACGGAUUCCUGUUUUGGAAGCAAUAGAUUGACUGACUUCAGCCCAACAAGCCCAUUCAGCACAGGCAACUUUUGGUUUGGAGAAAUGUUGCCUUCAGUGAGCACAGAUGACAUUGUGGCUGACUCUGUCACAUAUGACUCCUUGCCAAUGCCUUCCCAAACCAUUUGGACCCCUUUUGAACCUGUAAACCCCCUCUCUGGCUUCAAUAGUGACCCUGUUAGUAAAGCCAAGCCUCAGCACCAAUGGAGCCAAGCAUCUACUCCUUGUGUGUCACCCACUUUUCUGGAAAACCUGGAUCAUUCACUGGCCAGGAGAGUGAGAAGCGACCCAUCUAGCACUGCCCACCAAGCUGGCCUUCCCAUCUACAUCCCUGCUUUAUCCAAUGGUACCAACAGCUAUUCCUCUUCCAAUGGUGGCUCGACCUCCAGCUCCCCCUCGGAGUUGAGGCAGAAGCAUGACUGUGUCAUCUGCUUUGAGAGUGAAGUAAUCACUGCUCUGGUUCCCUGUGGCCACAAUCUCUUCUGCAUGGAGUGUGCCAACAAAAUCUGUGAGAAAGAAAUACCAGCAUGUCCCAUUUGCCAGAUAGCUGUUACUCAGGUGAUCCAAAUUCACUCUUAA